AAAGAGUUGGUUCCGGAAGCCGAGAUCUUCCGCUUUCGAAACUGAUUCUUCUAGUUGAAUGGCGCUCAACUGAGAGUAAACUCGUAAAAAUGAUCAUUCCGGCACAGGUGUUGCUGGUUAUCGGAUCGGUGAUAUUAAUUUCACCUUCUAAACUUUCAGCUGCCAGAGCCAGGCAGAAGCAUGCUGUUUGUCCUCCUUUCCCAUAUAUCACUCUGGAUCACGGGAAAAUAACCCCCAUUGGAACUCAGAAGUACCUCUUCAAAUGUGAUCCUGGCUAUUUUUUGGCGUCUCCUCCACAAGUUCGCUGCUGGAAAGGUAAAUGGUCGUCGACCAAGGAACCCAAAUGCUUCAAAGCCGAGGGCCAUUGUGAUGAUCCCGAUCCACUACCCGGGGGAGAGAUCCUGGGGGACGAGCGGCACGAGGGAUCGGCCAUCCAAUACAUGUGCAAACCCGGAUUUAUCCUAAUGGGGGUAGGAACGCGCACCUGCUUGAGGAGUGGACAUUGGAGCGGCAUUACACCCAUUUGUAUGGAUGAAUCGGAACCUCUUCAGAAUGUUGCCGAAAGAUUUAAAGAAAAGUUUGUAACAGAUGUAGGAUCACACUCCUCUGACAGUAGCGUGCCUCAAGGUCGGCUUCUGGAUGGGGCCUCUAUAAGGAAGGGUUUAGAAUUGGUGAUCUUGAUAGAUCGAUCGAGCAGCAUAGACCCGGAAGACUUCAAAAUGGGAAUUGCAUUCAUAAAAUUCCUUCUGCAAGAAUUUGGUGUGAGGAAUGGGAAUAAUACAUCAGGGACUCGGGCAGCUGUAAUGGCUUUCGGAACUAAAGUCGACAUACUUUUCAAUCUGGACAAUGAAACCAUCACGGGCCCUCAAGCAGCGAGUAGGGCUUUGGAUACAUUAAAGGCUGGGGGUGGAGGGACAGCUAUGCAAGAGGCGUUGAUGAACGUCUUUACCCGCCUCCCACCUCUGAGGGUACAGGCCAAGAGAGCCAUUUUUAUGCUCACCGAUGGAGAGCCCAAUAUAGGAGAUGUCGAGGAAGCUCUGUACUUUGCCAAACAGCUCAGAGAAAAAAGAGAUUUUGAAAUUUUCACGGUUGGAAUUGGGAGAGGAAUCAACCGUCAAUUACUCGCCAAAUUAGCGUCUGAGCCAAUCAUCAGUCACGUUUUCAUUAUGGACAAAUACACUGAUCUGAGGCAUGUGAUGGAGACUAUAAGCGACAGCUCUUCAAGGCCCAAGCCAAUUAAUCCUGCAAGAUGCGGAUACAUAAAACACGAACACGAUUAUCUGAAACGCUGGCCUUGGUUAGCUGCUGUUUAUAUAAAUCUACCUAAUGAAUCCAAUUCUACAAGAUUCAGUCUUUGUGGCGGUACUCUCAUUUGCAGUGAAUGGAUCCUCACGGCAGCUUCUUGUUUUUAUAAUGUCUAUGAAAACAACGCAACAGAAAAGGUUUUUGAAAAAGUCUCUGAAGAAGUGUUCGUCGUGAUGGGAGAGAAAGAUCUCAUUCAGGAAGAUAGAAAUCAAAUGAAUUUCUACGCCGAAGACAUCAUCAUCCAUCCUGACUUCCAGCCACUUGAUGAGCUCGAACAUAAUUUGGCUCUGUUGAAAUUAAACAACCCAACACCACUGAGGCGAUUUCGUCCUGCUUGCUUACCCAUGACAGAGAGGCCCGUUCCUCUUCAUCUCGAUUUGAACACCAACGCUUCCAUCGCCGGCUGGGGAUUGCUGCCAGACAACAGGCAGAAAGAGAUAACAGGUGGCACAGUGAGCAUGCGCAGUUCCAAUAUCAGCGUCGCCCUAGAGGAGGAAAGCACAUGCGACCAAACGAAUGGCAAAGAGACUGGAGGAAAUAUUUUUUGCGCCGGAGGACUCGGGACUCUGACCUGCACUGGCGAUUUGGGAUCUCCACUGAUCGCCGUGGACCCACUGACAAAUCUUCAUCAUCUGAUUGGAGUCCUGAGUAGCAGACUCAACUGUCAGAGGGGGACCAAUCAGUACACACAACUCGCUAAAUAUAUCAAAUGGAUUUCGGAGGAAACAAAUGAUUGUCAUUCAAAACAUUAUAACGUUUGAAGUGCGCUCAAUAAAAUUUCAACUGUGCAAUUAUGUUUGAAUUAGAUGCUGGUUGUUCUUUUAAUGUAACUUUUUAGGUGUAUUUUUGCAAUUAAAAAUAUUGUAACUAGGAA